UUAUUUAAGUAUAGAGUAUUAUUGGGAUGUAUGUAUCGUCGUACAAUUUGCAACCUUCAGUAAAUAUAAAGAAACUUCUCAGUUAGAAAGUAGAGCUUGAAAAAAUUCGUUGUAAGAGUGUAAAAAUAUUUAUUAUGCUUUUAUUUUGGUGCAAAAUUAGUUUAUUAUCUGCACUAGUAAGUUGCAUAGCAGGGAACACAAAACUUCCUUUUCAACCCAUAUCGAAACACGCCGAUUUUAAUUCGAAAACGUUGGUUUCUUGCUUUAGGGUUGUCGUAAAUAAAACAUUUGACCAAAAUAUAAAAACUUUCGCAUUGUAUUUCGAUGAUGAUAUCGUCUGCCAUCGAAUAUUUAUUACUCUGCAUUCAAAAUCACAGGUAUUUUUGAGCAAAGAAGUUUUAAAAAUGUCAAUGAGAAGAAAAGGAAUCGUUAUUUUGAUAAGGUACGUACACAAGUUGUAUAAAUAUUUCAACGAAACGUUUCUGAGUAUAGUAUAUGCGAGAUACUUAGUUGUAACGGACAUACAUGUAAAAGAGCUGUUGGAAUUAACUAAUGUUUUGAGGAAAAAUAAUUUUACUUAUGUUGUAUUCUUAUCCAUUUCGACGACUGGAAGUGUAUCUUUUUCAAAAUUUAAUUACGAAAAAAUGAGAGCAAAUCAAGAAAUUUCACUGGAUGUAUACAAUUGCGAGACUGAUUUGAAGAAUGAAAGUCUUACUUCAAAUUUUGCUACUAUAAAUUGUCCAAUUAGAGGUUGUUCUUUAACCUACUUGCGGGUUAACGAAGGCGUCCAAUUCAGCAAUGGAUUGAGGCUUCACAGAAAUAGUAGAGGGCGGAAGAUUCUUGAAAUGUUUGGUAACGUAUCGCGUAUCAAGUAUCGUGAUUAUAAUAAUGACAAGCUGUCGUGGGAUCGAGCGGUAGAGUUGCUGAAAAGGGGUGAAAUAGAUAUAAUCUAUGGUUCAGAUUUACCUUCAGGUGACAAACAGAUUCUUCGUUUGGAUUUUACUGGAAGCUACGGGACUGAAAAAUUUGUGUUUAUUGACAAAAUUUCCUAUGAGCGUCUGAAUUACGUCACUAAUUUUUUGGCCCCGUUUAAAUGGAAAAUCUGGCUUUGUAUGAUAUUGAGCGUAGCAUUAUAUUCGGCAUACAUAUGUUUGCUACAAAACUAUUAUCGGAUAGGUCUCACAGGAGAAUAUUUAAGAAUCAUGGAUGCUUAUGCAGUAAUGUUUAACCAGACUUUUCGCCUACCAAACAAGUCUGCUUUCAGAUUUAUCGUGAUUAUUUGGAUUUUAGGUAACAUGAUUACUAACCUUUAUUAUCAGAGUGAAUUAAAAAGUUACAUUAUCGUUACUAAAGAGAUAAAACUUGAAAGUUUUUUGGAUGUAAUGCUUGCCAACAGACAAUUAGGUGACCCUUCUUUUAUUAGAGAUAUUCUAGAGGACUACGACAAUGAAACGGUGAUGCACAUAUUAUACAAAAGGUAUAGAAAUAUUCUACCAAACGAAAUGUUAAGCGCACUGCAAAACAAUACGAUUAUAGCUUUUCCAAAGUACUUGAUUUUGGAUCUCGUAGAUCAAUACAAUGAAAAGUCCAACAAGUCAAUCAACAAUAUUUACACUCUGAAACAAAUCGUUGCGGAGUAUCCCUUAAUUCUUUACCUGCAACACGGACACCCAUAUUUAUCAAGACUAUCUCAAAUAUUGAGCAGAACCGCGCAAGGCGGGCUUUUGAAAUUCAACGAUGAAAUCAUUCUGGAUAAAGAAGGCGCAGAGAGUUCAGAGACAAUGCUGGACAUGAAGCAGAUUAUACUUGCAUUUGAGCUACUAGUUGUCGGAUGCGCAAUCAGUACCGCGUGUUUUAUGUACGUGCUGUUUGUUUGCAAAAUAAAGUCCUUAUUAUAAAUUGAGUGAGCGAUUUAUCGCAAGU